AUGAAUCAAGUGUUUGAGCUCAGCACGGACGCCUCUGAUUUCGGAUUUGGUUGUAUUCUUUCACAACGCGAUAGUACUAGACCGAAACGUCCAGUCCAUUUUCUGUCCAAGACAUUUAGUGGUAACGAACUUGCAUGGCACACUAGGGACAAGGAGGCAUUUGCUUUUGUUUAUGCUCUGGGUAAAUUUAAGCAUUACCUCCUAGGGAAGAAGUUUAUAUGGUACACGGACCACCGAGGAUUGCAAUGGUUACGAAACACGAGGGAUCCUAGGGGUAUAUACGCUCGGUGGCUAGAAGAAGUUGAAGAGUUUGAAUUCGACAUUCGUUAUCGGCCAGGUGCAUAUAACCCGCACGCGGAUGCGUUGUCACGACGAUGCAAGGGAGGACUGGCAUGUUCGAUUCUAUCAUCGCAGGACGUACGUUCGACAAAGGAAGUGAAACGGGCACAAGCAAGCGACCCAGUUCUUAGCCAAGUAAUUGCACGAUUACGUUUGAAUGAAAACCGAGAACAGCCGUCCAACCGAGCAGUCAGAACUUGGUUGAGAAGAUGA